GGUGUUGCUGGCAGUAGCAGCAGUUCGCAAUGCCAGGAGUACUCUUUGUCGUGUGUGUUCCCACAGCUGAAUAUGAGAAGUCUCUUUUGUAUGGAACAUCUCCAGUUAUCCUGCCCUCUGCUGACACUAUACCUAUUCAAGGUUUACAGAAAGGAUCUACAGGGGAGAACCUCAUAAAACUGGAUGCCUUAGACCCGAAAGAAGGACUUAUGAGACAUGGGUUGGGGAAGAUAAGUCCAUUAUUUCGCUCCAAAGAACCCUCAAAUGGUGAGAAGCACGCAGUAUCAACAACAAAAUUACAAGAACCUGGCACAGUGACUAAGAAUACUAUGAAUUUUGGCAAUGAAAUAAUAUCAAUGGAGCGGAUAUUAGAAGAACUGCUAAAGAAGUUGGAAGUUGAACACGUUGUUUGGUGCAAUGAUAAGAAUGGCUUUUAUUACCAGGUGUUUUUCCCAGUUGGAGCUGGAGAUCCAUGUGAAAACUGUCUUCACUGCUUGACAGAAAUGGGAAUUGGAAUAAAAUACAAUUCAGUAGUAAGUGUUGUACCCUGCACAGUGUUCUAUAAGGGCAUGGAAGAGGUGAAUGAUGAAGAUGAGGAUUCUUCAGAGAAGAAGGCUUGGAACAACUUUGUGCAGUCGGUCCGGGCAAAACUGACAGUGAAAUCAGUAGUCGAUGGUGUGAGAAGCUCAGGAGAGUGUUCAUUUGAUUUCCUCUUGCUUGUUCUAACAGCUGAUAUGAUUGCAGCUGUGGGAUUGGUGGAGAGUAACUCUGUGAACAUAGUUGCUGCUAUGCUGGUUUCACCACUCAUGAGUCCAAUUAUGACUGCUACAUUUGGAACUGCAAUUGCAGACAGGAAAUUACAAAAGAUUGGUUUUCGAAGUGAAAUUAUAGGUCUUUUGAUGUCACUUGUAUUUGGAUUUAUAUUUGGCCUAGUACUUGGAACAACAGAUGAUCCAUGGGGAACAGGAGACUGGCCUACAGAAGAGAUGAAGGCCAGAGGGAUGGCACGAUCAUUGUGGAUUGGUGUUUUAUGGGCCCUCCCAUCAGGAACUGGAGUUGCAUUAGCUUUGCUUCAAGGUAGUGCAGGCCCUCUGAUUGGUGUUGCCAUAUCUGCUUCAUUGCUGCCACCUGCUGUCAAUUGUGGAAUAAUGUGGGGUUUGGCAUGCAUAGUCUUAAUCUAUGAUGAUGUCAGAAUCCCUUAUCUUAAAGGAGAGAAUUAUAGUGGUCCAACAGAAGCCAAGCUUACGUACACAACAAUGGAUAAAUAUCCUUCAGAGUUGGCAAUUAUGGGAAUAAUCAGCUUCUGUCUCACAUUAGUGAACAUUGCGUGCAUUUUUACAACAGCAAUAGUUGUGCUUAAGAUUAAAGAAGUGGCUGCCCCGUAUACUUCAAGUCCUGACCUAAGGCGUUUUUGGGAGCAUGAUAUUCGUGUUGUUCGAGAUGCCAACAGAGCCACAAUGAACCAAGCAAAUGACAAGGGCAAUGCCAGUGAUGUUGAACAGGCAAUUAAUGAGCUGAGCACGGUCCCUCCUGAUGAACUGGAAUACACACUGGAAGCUGCGGUGAGGGAAGCCAUUGAUGACAGCACAUUCCGCAAGGUGAACCGAUGCAGUUAUUCUGCCAACACAGCAGAUAUGAGUCAUGUGUUAGGGCUUGGAGGUAGUCACAGUAACAGAGCAAGCAGUAUUAACACUGGUACAUCACCUCUCCAAGACCGCGAGAUGCUAGAUCAGGUUAUUCAUGCACUUCUGGAUUACCAAUCACAGCAAAACCCAGCAACACAAGAAACGACCCUAAACAGGUUCCGCCAGCUGUCUCGAUCUCUACGUCAAAGUUCAAGACGCUCCAGUGGGCGACUUAGCACCCGAAGUUCCUUCCAACGGACCCCACGCAGUGUUCAUAGUCAACAUGAAAACCAAGGAGGAUUGCAAUCAGACACUGCUGGUCUGCCUACAAUCUUGGAAAGCAGCAACACUCUGCAGAAAAACUCAGGAAGCACAAGACCCCAAUCUCUCUCGGAGAGAGCCCUCAAUGCCCCUGUAGUGAGAAACAUCAUGCAGUCCCUGUCCAAUUCACAGCAUAGGUUUGUUGGGUCUCCUACAUCACCUUCAGAUCGCCGGAGAGAAGAUCAGUUUGAGAGAAUUAGUCUCACAAUGAAUCCAGAAUAGAAGUCUGAGGAGCUGUAUUAUCAACUUUAUAAAUUGUGACACAUCAGAACAGUACAAAUGUUAAAAUAAUAUUCUCCUUAAUAAAGUAAUGCAAUUAUGGGGAAAGCUCUGGAUUUCAUUAUAUGUUGGUAAGUAAACUGCAGAGUGUCAGAAUUAAAAGAAAUUUAUAAAAUCCUUGCUGUCAAAAUACUGGUAAAGAGUCAGGUUAGCUCGGUAAGAAAAAUGACCAAUUAAGGGUUAGAUUUGUCAGGAUUUAAUUCCUUACAGAGAUAGGAAUUGUUAUUAUUUGCUACUAUGUUCUAUCCGAUUUUGGCAGCCACCUGACAUCCAUUUGGCACAGGGGAAAAAGUGGUUGAAAUUAGAAGCUGACUACUCUAGUCCAUUUAAUUUUUGGCUAGCAUUUCACCCAGAACAUAGAACCCACCCUAAACUCCAAUUCAUUGGUUUCCAGGAGUUGCAUUUCUUUUAUUAUUUAGUUCUUAAUUUACCUGUUUUAUUUCUACUGUGAUAGGCAAGAGGUCAGAAGAAUAGUGAAAACUGUGCAUUAAAUUGUGGGAAAAUAACUCAGGAAUUUUGGGAAAGUUUAUAUAUUGAUAGUGUAACUGACUGGAAAAAUGGAAAAGCUGCAGUGUAUCAGAUACAUGUAAGUUCUACAAAUCCAGUGAUUUUAGCACUUCUUAGAGUCAUUAUAAUAAUAGUAGUGUGUUUUUAUUUAUCUUCAUACUCUCUUUUAUAAACAGAGAUUGCAGGUCCAUAUUUUAAAUAUAUUGGAAUUCUUUAGUGACACUAUAUCCACUCC